UUACGGAGAUUAGAUUACGGAAGCGUACAAAAGUCACGUGUUGUAUUCAAAAUGGCUGCAUCUGGUGAUUGGAGAGAUGGUGGUUUGAUACGAGGAAUAGGCAUACCCCCUCCAUCAGGAUCUUAUAGAGUCGGGGUAACUCAUUUCAUGCACAAGAACCUCUUCAUUCGUCUCUAUUAUCCUACAAAAGCUACCAGUGGCUACCAAUACGUCCCUCAUGUCUAUAACUCUAGGUACAGGAGAAGUGCUCUUGAUUUCUUUGGAGUCAAACUAGCUGGACUCGUAUCAGCUAUUGCUGGGCUAGUAAUGGAUACCAGGAUACCAGCUUUUUUAAACGCUCCUUUACUAAACACUGCCACGCCUACUGUUGAUGCUCAUACCAGUACCGAUACUCAUUCCCAUACCACCACUGAUACUCAUUCCCAUACCGCCCCAGUCUCAUUCCCAGCUCUGGUAUUCUCUCAUGGAUUAGGUGGUAGUUUCUUCUCUUAUUCUGCUGUUUGUUGUGAUAUUGCAUCCCAUGGUUUCAUUGUAGCUGCACUGGAACAUAAAGAUGGGUCAGCUUGUCUAGCCCGUCGUAGGGUCCCCCCUCCUCCUCCUCCUCUUGCUAAUGAGGGGGAGGAGCCUAAUUACCAGGAGUACCUCAAUGAAUGGAUCCCGUUUGACCAGGGAUCAAGAUCAGACUUUGACCUCAGGAAUAGACAAGUAAAGGAAAGGAGUGUGGAGGUCCAACAGGCUUUGGAUAUUCUGCACAUUAUCAAUGAAACUGGAGCUGAUGGUAUCGUUAAUAUGUUAGGAAGUGAUGAAGGUGCUGGGUGUGGCUUAAACAAUAUCCUCUCUCAGUUCAAGGGACGCAUUAAUACUGAAUUAGCAGCUGUGGGUGGUCACUCUUUUGGAGCAGCAACUUCAGUUCAAGCACUUGAUGAAGACCCGAGGUUCAAGUGUGGUCUCCUUUUUGAUAUUUGGAUGUUGCCACUGGGUCCUGAAAUAUUCAGUACGGGGGUCACUAAACCGGUUAUUUUUAUAAACUCAAGAGCUUUCACGGAAUGGAAAGAGAACUUCUCCAUUUUAAAGAAACUACUCAGACAGUCUCAAGACUCAAAAGAAGAACCAAACUUUGGGUCCAAGCUACACUCAUUGUACACGAUCAAUGGUACAGUACACAUGACUCAAACUGACGCUCCGUUUGUCCUCCCUCCUUCACUGUACAGUGGGGCUCAUGGGGCAGGUCUGUCUCCAGUGACAGCUUAUCAUAUAAACAGUGAUCUCUCUCUCUCUUUUCUUAAAAGGCACCUCAUGAAAGAUAUUGACUAUCAGGGGGCCGUCCCAAUAUUGGAUGGAGGGGAGGGGUCAUCCGAACAUGUUGUCAUGGAAACUGUCACAGAAGAAGAUGAAAGAAAGGAAGUUCUUUCUUUACUUUGAAUAGCAGCAACAAUUAAUAAUAAUGAAACAAUUAAUUUUAUAUAAUAAUAUAAUUCUAGACAAUAAUUUUUAGCACACAGAUAUAUUUAUAAUGCUACAUAAUGUCAAUAAAACUUUAAUUAAAAGUA